AAUCAAAAUUAGCACAGCUCUUCAGUUUAAGUGUAAUGAUGUCUGUUUUCAGGAGCCUGUUUAAAAAAUAUACUUGUUCUGUUUGUACUGUCUCUCUUUAUGCUUUCACAUUUAUAGGUCUGGUUAUUUAUAAAAGUAAUUUCCUUCUCUAUCUGUUUAACUUUUCAUGUUUGGUUGUGUAGUUUCUAUUUUCACUAAUUCGUAUUUAGGUGGUUUUACAGACUGUGUUUGUGCAUCCUUCAGAUUUGCUCCUUCAAAUAAAGUAAUGUGUUCUAUAAAAGCUCAAAAUAUAUGUAAUUAAAAAUGUUCCUUUCUUAAAAGUUAUGAUGGUAUCAGAUGAUAAUGUCAUGGUACUGAAAAAAUUACCAUAUUCAUGUACUACAGUUUGUCAAUUGAACCCAGUGAUAACUUAAUACUAUGGUACAUGUCAUGUUGGAAGGAAGUACCAUGGAAUAUAUCAAAGUACGGUAUAUUCCAGAGGACUUAUUUGUGAGGUAUAUAUGUUCAAAAACAUUAAUAUUAUGGUACUCUAAGAUACACUUGAGUACUGACUACGAGUACUGAAUUUUGACAUGUAACAUGAUUCUUAUUGAUUACCAUAUCCGUGUACUAUGAUAUAUGGCAUUCAAAGGUACUUUAAGGAAUAGCGUGGUAUUUAAAUCCACGAUACCUUUAUAUAUACCGUAAUAAUGACCAAUUACCGUACCGAUAUAUACCGUAAUAGUGACUGAUUACCAAAUUUAUGAACUGGUACUAUUUUAAAAAACACCAAGUUACCGGCCUUACAACAUAAACCACAAAAAAGGGGUUUAAAAAGUACGGUUUCGUUACUGUCAGGUUAAAUUCUUGCCUUCAUUAUUUUGUUAAUUCUACUGGAUGACGAUUGCGCGCCUCCGCCCCUUGAUCAGCGGCGCGCUCCAGGCUUCCUUUUGUCCAACUGGCCACCUCAGUGGAACAAUCCAUUCUGGAAGAGAGGGGAGAACAGCUUUGUUGUCUUUCCUAAAGUUUUACUUAACACAACAAUACAGCGCUGCUAUCACAUCCGGUGGAGACGACUACAUUCGAUUCUAAGUAUUUUGUAAUGCAUCGAUAUAGCUCGUAAAAAUGUCCUCGACCGCGUUUGGGUAAAGAAAUGCCACCCGCAAGUUGUUUUGGGAGCGGCGAAGAACCCCUCAGUUCUCCCAGCGAGCAGAGAGAUGAGAUGGGCGGGAGAACACGCGGGGACGAUGCUGCUGUUCCGGGGAAUCUGCUCGAUUUGAGUCUCCUGUCUGAGUAAAUUGUUUUUGGAUGUCACAGUAGUGAAAGUAUGUAUCUGUGCGGGAUUUGUGGAGUUGUUUGAGGACACGCUGGACAUAUCUUCCUCCUCCUCCUCCUCCUUUGGCUCUUUAUUGGGGUUCUCCGCUCUAACGGCUCUCAGUCUCUGGCGUCUGGUUGCGCUUUCGCGAAAUCCAGAUUAUUAACACACUAUUGCGAAAUCAAACCAGGAUGUAAGGAAAAGCGUUGAUGUGGGAAGGAACUUUGGAAACGCAUCCUGAUCCAAACACGGAGCCCUGCUGGUCCCUCCCGCCUAAGCUGGAGAUAGGGAUGGUGUGUCAGGACCCCAGUGGGUUCGGAAAUGCGCCAUGUUUGUGAGAGCGAUGAGCCUGGCAGACAUGUCCGGUUUCUUGCCCAGGGGGGAGCAGCUAGCAAUAAAGGCUCGGAGCACUGAUAAUCUGGACAGUUCUGGGGAGCCUGGGACCCGAUCAGUGGGCACCACUGCCAACUUGAAGGGGAAGAUGAGCAAAAGGCUUUCUGUUGUGAAAGGUCACUUCCCCAAGCUUGUUGACUGUGCCCACUUUCACUAUGAAAAUGUGGACUUCGGUUCUAUCGAGCUUCAGUUUGCCAACGAGCAGAGCGAUGCCAGCUGGACCUCGGGCAGUGCCAAAGACCUGGUUUUCCUUGUGCAGGUGUCCUGCCAGGGUAAGACAUGGAUGGUGCGGCGUUCGUAUGAAGAGUUCCGGACGCUGGACGCCCACCUGCAUCAGUGCAUUUACGACCGCCGUUACUCACAGCUCUUGGUCCUGCCCGCCCUCUGUGAGAUCGGAGAUCGGGUGGAGAUCUUCACACCACUGUUGUCGGAGUAUCUGAACCGUCUCUCCAUGAUUGUGGACAAUAAGCUGAACUGUGGGCCGGUUCUCUCCUGGAUGGAGAUUGACAACCAUGGCAACAGGUUCCUGCUGAAAGAAGAAGCCUCUUUAAACGUCCCCGCCAUCGCUGCUGCUCACGUCAUCAAGCGCUACACUGCCCAGGCUAGCGAUGAGAUCUCCAUUGAGGUUGGUGAUAUUUUGUCAGUGAUUGACAUGCCGCCCAAAGAUGACACCACGUGGUGGAGAGGAAAGCAUGGAUUCCAGGUUGGCUUCUUUCCCAGUGAAUGUGUGGAAUUAAUCAAUGAGAAGUUGCAGCAGUCGGUCAGUGCUCCUGUCAGUAAGCAAGAGGUGGAUAUGUUGAGCUCCAAACCUGCCGUUACCAACACGACUGGACCUUCCUCUCCAACAUCAGUUCUUCAUCCUUGGUUCCUAAGCCUGGCUGUGUCCAAGAAACAUGGCAAGCUGAUGGGCUUUCUGCGCACCUUCAUGAAGUCCAGACCCACCAAACAAAAGCUGAAGCAGAGGGGAAUCCUGAAAGAACGAGUGUUCGGCUGCGACCUCGGCGAGCAUCUCCUCAACUCUGGUCAAGACGUGCCGCAGGUCCUAAAGAGCUGCUCAGAGUUCAUAGAGAAGCAUGGUGUGGUGGAUGGCAUCUACAGACAUUCUGGCGUGUCCUCCAACAUACAGAAACUCAGGCAUGAGUUUGACAGUGAAAAUGUUCCGGACCUGACGAAAGACGUGUACAUGCAGGAUAUUCACUGCGUUGGCUCGCUGUGCAAACUCUACUUCAGAGAGCUGCCCAAUCCUCUGCUCACGUACCAACUCUACGACAAGUUUGCUGAAUGUAUGGGAGAGAUGACAGAUGAAGAGAGAAUGAUGAAAGUACAUGAUGUUAUCCAGCAACUUCCACCUCCUCACUACCGCACUUUGGAGUACCUCAUCAGACACCUGGCCCGUUUGGCCACCUGCAGUGGAGAGACUAACAUGCACAUUAAGAAUCUGGCCAUCGUCUGGGCCCCCAACCUGCUCAGGUCCAAAGAAAUUGAGGCAGCAGGUUUAAGCGGUGCUGAUCCAUUUAAAGAAGUGCGCAUUCAGUCCGUGGUCGUGGAGUUUCUUCUCAGCAAUGUGGAAGUUCUGUUCAGUGACUCUUUCACUUCUGUUGGACGCUUCAAUGCAGCACGACAGUCUCUGACCAGGCCCAAGUCGUUUGUGUCCACCAGGCUUCUGUCUCUGGAGGAGGCACAGGCUCGCACACAAGCUCCUCUUCUCCUUCAGGGAUCUCCUCACCAUGCUAUCGGCCAGUUUCACACUGUACUGGACCUGCCUGCCGACAAGAGGAAAAGAGGGAUGAAGGUCCGGAAGUCAGCAGGCGGGAGCUGGAAGACGUUUUUUGCCAUUGGAAAACCUGGAGCUGCAGGUCGACGUAAACCUACCAGGAUCACCUCUCUGUUCCAGCCCACUACUUCUCAUGCAGGUUGCAGGGUGGACAGUGUGACUCUCAGGUCAGCAAAGAGUGAGGAGUCCCUGUCCUCUCAGCACAGUGGAGCAGGUCAGGGGAAGAUGCAACGCUUACGAAGACCUCGCUCCAGCAGUGAUGGUCUGUCUCUGGCUGCUUCUGUUGAUCCGCAGCUCCUUCCCCAGCACUCCCCAUCUAGAAUCCAUCCGAGCCGCUCUUACGACAGCUUGCUGCCUGAGGAAAUGCGUGAUGCUGAUGAGGAAAAUGAAGAUGAAGAGGAUGAGGAGGGUGUGUACAUGUUGCCUGAUUUCUCCCAGGAACCACCCACCUCAUGGAUGGCAGAAGAUGUCAUUGACUUUAGCCCCACCUUCCUGGAAGAUGGGCCAAUAGGGUUAGGGAGCACGGCUGUCGCUCCUAGCGGCAGGGAGUCCCCUCCUGCAUCUGCACCCCCUCCGUACCGUUGUCUGAGCCAUCAAGGCUAUACCCGCUCUGGUAGCCAGCGCUCAAUCACAGAAGAUCCAGACUCAGUUCUCAACCAAUCAGAGGCUGCAGCCCGUCGGAGUUUGAUCCUGGCUGCAGCAGCUCCGCCUCAGCAAGUGUUCUGUCAACACAGGCCAUCUGCAGUCACUAAUGCUCCCUCAAGCACAGCCCAGCAGGGCGAGUCAAACCUAAGCCCAUCCCAUAGCCAGACGCCAGCUCCAGCGGCCUCUGCACCCCCUACUCAGCCCCCUCAGGAGAGGCGUUCCUUUACACGUAAAAUGGUUCAUGCACUUUCACCUAAAGCGCCCAAAUCCCCCCCUCUGGACAUCUCGGAUCCAAUCUCCAUCAGUGUACCUGCUAAGGUUCUGGAAAUGAUUGGUGGACGAGCUGGUGAAUUGCAACCUGGACUUCCAAGCAGUGGACCGUCUCAGCCACCCCAGAUGAUAUCUAUGCUCCUGAGGUCGUGUGACUUUCAGCUCACUGAGAGCUGCCAGCAAGAGCUCAACAGUAAGUUGGGCCCCAUCGCCAAGAUCAAGGGUCCUAGUAUCUUGGGUCCCACUGGUGUUCCUCUUCCAUCACAGCAGCCCCCUCCUCCUCCCCCCAAGAACCCUGCACGCCUUAUGGCUCUGGCUCUGGCUGAAAGUGCCAACAAGGCACUUCGGCAAGGUGCCUCUCCCCCAUACCGCCCCCGUCAGAGUGGAACCUCCUCUGAGACAGACGUCCGCUUCCAGAGGUCCCUCUCUGCUGAUGCAGGAGCUCUGCUGUCUUCUGAUCCUAAUCAGAUCUACUCCACUGUGCGCCCCUUGUCUGUGUGGAAGACUGAGGGUGAUGAUCAUGAUGAUGAUGAUGAUGAUGAUGAUGAUGAUGGUGGAACUGCUGUUGAAAAGCCUGCAGACAAAUCACAUGGUACAGAUCCAAGGUCACCACCUGGACAGGACACUGGAACUCUCUCUUCUGACAGCUCAGUCUCUGAUUCUGGGACAUCUAAUUCUGAGUUGUCAGCUGCCAGUUCCUCCGAGGACAAUGAGCGAACCCCAAGCCCCAUUUACAAGAACGAAGAGCCAACUUCUCCAGCGCAGCCCUUAAAAUCCAGCCCACCCUCCUCCAGCGAAGCCAUCCCUUCCCAGAGAAAACCCCCAGCGUAUGGACGGCAAUUUUCUGCACCACAGCUUCAGCAGGAGAAAUCCAGUGGCCACUCCAAGCCUGCAGCCCAGCCACACACUCAGCUCCUGCACUCCAAGUCAGAGAGCUCUCCACUGGCCCAGGUACGAGCCUUCCAGCCCACCCGCCCUAAAGUGCCACCCAAGCCCCCUGAUCUUGCUCCCUUAAGGGCUCCACUCUCUCAGACUGACCGGCAUGAUCACAUGCGUCGCUCCUUGGAUGCCAGUCGUAUUCGACGAUUGGCAGGACCUCCACAAGGGAACACACCACUUUCCAGAGCUUUCUCUGAGCGCAUCAGCAGUACCUGUGACAUGCUGUCUCGCUAUCAUGCAGCCAGAAUGGCCAGCCAAGCUGCCCAGGUUGCACACCUUCCCCAACAAAAGCAGCAACAGACUCAGUCCACUCAGAUCAGAACGGUUGUCCCCUCCGAAGACCCAUCCAAGAUGGAGAACUUCUACUAUGAGAUUGGUGCACCUGAGCAUCCACAAGUGCCACCCAGCUAUGCACGCCACAGCUAUCAGAAUAUGAAGCUGGAUCUGGAGGGAAACCUCCGUCUCACUGACCCAGCCAAUCAAAGACCUAUUUCCAGGGGUUACCCUCCUCCCUACAACCCCCAAGGACCUGUGGGCAGUAGGGCUCCCCAGCUGUGGUCAUCUGAGGCCACACGAGCUUGGGCCGCAGCACAUUCUCACUCUUUCUCCUUUUCCCAUUCUCAUUCUCACCAUCGCUCCCAGGAUGGAUCAUCAGGAAAUCCUUCCCACCCUCGUCCUCAGCGACAGACAUCAUCAUCUGUCAGGUUGUCCCGCAGUGAAGUGCAUCCCUUACCCGCGUCCGCUGGAAUGGGCUCCUCUGCGGGCAUGAUGCCUCUAUCCGUUCACCCACGUAACUUGCAUCGGCCCCAGCGUUCGCCUUCUGCAGACCACACCGCCUCCCAGCUUCACCCCUACUUUGAAAAUGGGAAGGUGUGUUACCGGUACUUUGAGGCUUCCAAGCCGGAAGACUUACCACUGAAUCAGCAUCAGCAUUCUGUAUUGAAACCACCUCAGGCUUCCCCGGUGCAAGGAAUCACAAAAGAUCAAUCUGAGCCCAUCUACGUCAACUAUCCUUUCACAAACCAACCAGGAUCUGGGGUUAAUUCAAAGGGCUGGGCCACCACAAACCUUGAUGAAAAUGAUCAUCAAGCAUCUGAGACACUGGAACCACCUUCUAAGUCUCAACCGGAUGACAAGCAGAAACUUUCAGAGCAUGAAAGUCCCACAGCUAGCUUCGACAACCCUGCCCAGAACGAUGUAUCCUCAGAUUCCAAAGAGAUCAAUAUAGCAGCGUCGGCCUCCACUGCCAUGCAUUUCCGCAGCCGCUCAGAUCCCCAAACUACCAGCUCAGAGCCUGUUCAUGUCCUAACUGGGAAGGAAAUUGCCUCCUUGCUAAUUGAAAAGCUUGCAGAGGAUGAAAUUGAGGGUCCUUCAGUGCCAUCUUCUUCGUCCUCUUCUCCGCACAUCGAGCACCCUCCAAAUCCCUACGCUAACCAGCAGCAGCAACCACCACCUACAUACAAUGUCUACACUCCAGGACCCUCUCGAGGGCGCUUUGAAGGUCAAGUCCCACCUAGAGAGGGAUCUGGACCUUUCCAACGUCAAGACCCCUUGCGGAGAUCUUCUGGAGGCCAGUAUAGACAAGCUUUUGACGUCAUGCCAUCUGGCGACCAAGUCCUUAAGUUUUACAGAAGCCAAGACUUUGUCCCAGUCUCCCAGGGAGAAAGCACAACCCCUAAUCCUUAUCCCCCAAGACCAUAUUAUCAGGACCCCCCAUACCCCAAUUGGGGCCCUCAAGGCCUUCCAGAAGCUUCCCACACAUGCACUCCACCUACAGUGGCCUUCUCAAACUUAGCGCUUGGAUCAACAAGAGGAUACGGGCCCCAGACAGUGGCCAACCAAUAUAACCAAUACCCGUACCAGACAGGGUCAGUGCUUCCCCAAUAUCCCAACACACCACGACGAGAUGUUGUCCUGGAUCCAUCUCUCCGACCUCCGGGGUUGCGGAACCAGAGAGGCUUAAACCGGCAGGGAAGCCUGCCGGGACCCAAUUGGACCAUCCGAACUGAAGGCCAGACCCGUAGUUAUUGCUAAAGAGCACAACUGCCACAAAAAGUCCUGUCUUUAGACUUAAAAUGAGAUAAUAUGACGUAGACCAGUAUAAGCACUAGACUUUUAUGUUUCCUGUACAUGUUAACAUGUUGUGAAAGAAAUUGUUAACCUCCCCAAGGGGAGACAGUGUACAGAAACAAAGUUAAGUAGGGUAUGUCUUUACUAGUGUUUCUGUCUCGGAAAGACCCCACUGCAGUCCUGCGAUUAGAGUGCAUAUUGGAGUGGAAAAAGUGUACGAGAAUAAGACAUAAAGUGGAAAGGAUCAAAGAAGUGAACCAUAAAGUGGCUUAGAUAUGAAAACAUUCCAGAACACACUGUGCUGUCCAGCAGAGGGAGUCAGAGAGGUACAUAGCUGCUAUACAGGACAUUGCUCAGUGGCUAUAUUUUGUUUUUCUGCUUUCGGUUUUGUCCGGUUUAAGGUUCUUUUUGACACUAGAUCAUUCUGUGCAGGGGCACAUGCUUAAUAUGUGUUUCUUUCUCCUCAAAGUACGAUAAAAAUAACCUCAAGAGAUACUAGUGGUUUUAUGAAACUUUAUGAAGAUGGUUCGUUUUUGUUAUCUUAAUUUUUUGGCAGCAAUGUGAUAUUUCCUCUUUUUUUUUUUUUAUUGCUUUUUUUGAUGUUUCUAAGUUAUUGUAAGUUUUCAUUGGAAAAAAGUUAUUGUGAAAGUUUUAUUUUGCCUUUCUUGAAUUUAUUUCAAAGAAUGUAAAGUUUAGGACUUUGUGACCUUUUUGUUGUUUUAAUUUCUUUACAGUCUGUGUGAAUUUGAAUGAGUGUGUCUUGCCCAGAGUGUCUGAUGUUAAGCACAUAAAAAGGAACGCUAAUUGCUGAUGUCUUUGGGGAGGGUGCGUAAUUUAGAGUGCAUAUUUCUUUGAGGUACUGUUUUCUGCUCAUUCUCAAGUAAUGUGUCAGAUGAUUUUGUAUCAAUAUUGGUGUUCUAAUCCAAAGCAAGUAUUUCAGGUAGGUCACGUUCACCCUGUGUCACUCCCAGACAUCCCUGGGUUUCUGUGUGAAGGAGGAAUCCCAACCUAGCAACAUCGAAUAACUGGUACUAUUCACCACGAAACACUAAAAAUCCCUUCAAUGCCCACACAACACUAGUCUUAGAAGACUUUAUAAAAUUAAAUGUUGUUUUUUAUCAGAUACCACUUUCUGGGCUCAGUACUGUUCUAGUGAUUUUCAAAUUCAAGGCAUUAAAAAUGUCCUGGAAAUUCGUCUAAAAUUUGUUAGAGGUGGAUUCUAUAAAGAUUUGUUUAGUAAUUGGUGCCUUCUGUUAAAUAAUUGAUCAUCUUUUAAAUAAUCCUUUAUGAAAACAAAUGUUGAAGAGUUACAAACCUGGUCCUGAGCCCAGUUGCUCCUAUUUACAGUUUUCCAAAGCUUCGCACCUGUAAAUCCUGAGUAUACAAGGUCUAAAUGAGAAAGAGUGUGUGUAUGAGUGAGAAUGUGACACGGUGUGUUUGCAUGUCUGUUAUCUCUGUUGUUUUAAUACAUAUCUAUGCAGUGAAUAACCAAGGGGGAUAAGUUCCUUAAAAAAAACACUAAAAAUAUUAAUGCUACCUAUGUAUGUCAGCAGACCUGUGAGCGUGUAUGUUCCAGUGAGAGAGGUCAUGCAUGUGGCUUUGAGGGUAUAUACAUGUCCAACAAUCUCCCCUUCAGCCUUUAGCACUUUGCUAAAGGCAGUUCAUCCUAUUUUGUAUAAUUUUCAAAUAUGUGAAUUAAAACCUUGGACACCGUCAUUGAUGAAA